GCCAAAACCAGUCCCUACAGCCUUUUUUCUAUGGCCUUACCCAACAACCUUAUGAAGUCAGGAUCACCAAAAACAUACGGAAAUAUGGAUAUCACUACCAUUAAUGGUCGGCUCCUUAAAAAAACUGUGGUGUAUUGCAAAACUACCAGUACUAUUCACAAAUCUGCAGAUCAUGGAAUUAUCAGGCGAUCAGCUAAUUAUGGUCCUCCUCUUUGGAGCCAUGAUUUCAUACAGUCAAUUAGUAGUAUCUAUAAGGGAGAGAUUUACGAAGACAAAGCAGCAAAGUUGAAGGAAGAGGUGAUGAUGUUGCUAGAGAAGAAUGAGACCCCAUUGGAGAAAUUGGAGCUCAUUGACAAUGUGCAGAGACUUGGAAUAUCUUAUCACUUUGACACAAAACUAGACAACAUUUUGAAUCUCUUAUAUAAUCAUACUGAUUGGCUCACCGAAUCUAAUUUGCAUGAAACAUCACUUAAAUUUAGACUCUUCAGGCAACGAGGAUAUGAUGUCCCCCAAGAGGUUUUCGACAAAUUUAAAGACAAAAAUGGGGAUUUUAGUGAAGCUUUGCACGGGGACACAAAGGGGUUGUUGUCCUUGUACGAGGCCACAUUUCAUGGUUUUGAAGGUGAAAGUACUUUGGACGAGGCUAGAAGGUUUGCCCUAAAAUAUCUAAAUACAAAUGUCAUGAACACAAACGAUUUAUAUUUAGAAAUGCUCGUGAGACAUGCCCUGGAGCUUCCACUCCAUUGGACCAUGCAAAGAUUUGAGGCGAGAUGGUUCAUAGAUGCAUAUGGCAUGCAAGCACAUGCCAAUGAUACUCUUCUUGAUUUUGCUAAGUUGGAUUUCAACAUGGUACAAGCCAUCCACCAAGAAGAAUUAAAGCAUGUUUCUAGAUGGUGGCAGGAUUUGAAAUGGAAUGAGCAUUUGCCAUUUGUUAGGGAUAGAACCGUGGAGAGUUACUCAUGGGUUAUGGGCCAAUGUCAUGAGCCUCACAUUGAGUAUAGUGAAUACAGAAUAUUAGCUUCAAGAUUCAUCCAUCUCACUACAACCUUUGAUGAUAUUUAUGACAUCUAUGGGACUUUGGAUGAACUUGAGCUCUUCACCAAUGCUAUUGAGAGAUGGGAUGUGAAUUUGGUUGAACAAUUACCCGAUUACAUGAAGAUAUGUUUCCUAGGAAACUUCAACUCGAUCAAUGAAUUGGGAUACAGGACACUUCAAGAAGGAGUCCACGCCAUUCCUUACCUCAAGAAAGUGUGGACAGAUAUUUGUAAAAGUUUUUUGAAGGAGGCCAGAUGGUUCCACAAUGGAAAUGUUCCGACUACAUUCAAAGAGUUCUUGGACAAUGGAUGGAUUUCAAUUGGGAUACCCUUGGUUUCGGCUCAUACCUAUUUCCUUAUUGCGAACCCACAAACUAGCCCCAUCACAAAAAUUGGUUUAGAUGCCAUUGAGAACUAUCAUGACAUCAUUAAGUGGCCUUCUGUGAUAGGAAGAUUAUCUAAUGAUUUGGCAACAUCUAAGAAUGAAAUUAUGAGAGGUGAUGCGAUAAAGUCGGUGCAAUCCUAUAUGCAGGAAACAAACUCUUCAACGAACGAUGCUAACGAGCAUGUGAAGGACUUGAUAGAAAAAGCGUGGAAGAAAAUCAAUACGGCUAGGGCUUCGUCAAACUGUCCUUUUAGCAAGAGAUUUAUGGAUAUCACUAUAAAUCAUGCUAGAGUAGCUCAAUAUGUGUAUCAGUAUGGAGAUGGAUUUGGACAUGACAUCUUUGGGAAGAACAAGAACCGCACAUCUCUACUUCUUUUCGAGCCCAUUCCACUAUCACUUAAUUAGUUUUCCUUUUCAUGUUCAAAAUAUGGAUUUCUCCAGUUUGCUGAUAUUUUACUCUAAGGGCUCCAAAUAAAA